GUUACCAGGAAGUGUUUCUUAGCGGAUGGCAUUUGCUGGGCGGGUUCUGUUUGCGCUGUCCAAUCAGAGUUAGUGUUGCGAUGCUGUACGUCUUGCCCGUGAAGGAGCAGCACGCAGAGGGCUAGUGUGGCAGGAGCGCAGCAGAAGUUCUAAAAGGAACAGAAUGGAGCUGGGAAAAGGGAAACUCCUGAGAAGUGGCCUCAAUGCCCUCUAUCAAGCAGUCCAUCCAGUGCAUGGUUUGGCCUGGACAGAUGGUCGGCAGGUUGUAUUGAUGGUCUUACACCUCAACAACAAAGAGCCCCAAUUUGGCAACUCUAUUGUUAUUGGGCAGUUUGAGCAUGUGCAUCGUCUUUACUGGGGGCCGUUCCUGGCGAAUGAUAGCCCUGCUUUGUUGGCUGUCCAACACAAGAAGCACGUCACUGUUUGGCAACUGUGUUACAGCCCCUUGGACAAGAACAAACUAGUGGUGUCCCAAACAUGUGAGAUCGGAGACCCGUACCCCGUCCUGCCCCAAGGUUGCACAUGGCAUCCCAGCAAAGAUAUCUUAGUUGUUGUAACGAAACGGGACGUGUCUGUCUUGUACGCUGUGCGUUAUGAGAAUUCCAGCGUGAAAGCGGACAUUAAAAGUAGCGGCCUUAUUCACUGCGCCUGUUGGACUAAGGAUGGCAGUCGCUUAGUUGUAGCUAUUGGUAGUGCUCUGCAUUCCUACAUAUGGGAUAGCAAGCAGAAAACCUUAAACGCGUGUGCGUUUUGUCCUGUGUUUGACGUUGGAGGCUACAUUUGCGCCAUUGAGUCUACAGUCGAUUCACAAGUCGCUGUGUCCACGGAACUUCCUUUAGAUCGGAUCUGUGCUUUAAAUGCAGGUGUUGCUUUCGAUGUGCCAGCCUCUUCCGAGAUAACCAUCUCUAAUCAACCAGGUUUCUUAUUGAUGGAUGAAGAAUUCUCUAUGGAUGGUGUCCAAAAGUCAGCUGACUCUGGAUCUUUGACAACACACUCUCUGGCAACGUCACCUGCUACUGUAGAUCUCAGCCACAUCGUAAAUCACUCAAAAGUAGACCUGAAUUUCCUUCUUAACCUGAAAAAGAAGGAUUAUCUCACGGGUAGUGGGCAUGAUUCAUCGCAUUUGAUCCUUGUGAGCUUUGAGAAGAAAGUGACCACCACUCGGAGAGUUAACAUUCCUGGUAUUUUAGUUCCAGACAUAUUGGCGUUUGAUCCUACUGCGCAUAUCGUUGCUGUUGCUUCGAACUCCUGUAGCGCAGUUUUGGUGUAUUCUCUCUCUUCCUCCAGCGUGCCUAACCUUCAACAAAUUCCGCUAGAGAAGAACGAGAGGCCGAAAGGAUUGUGUUUUCUUACCGAUAAGAUGUUGCUCGUGUUAGUAGGAAGGCAGAAAACCAGCGACCCAGCUUUCCUGCCUUCCUCCAGCUCAGACAAAUACUUGAUCCGUUUGAUGGUCAAAAAAGUGUUGAAUGAUGAGGAUUCUUCUGCCUCCUCCGGUGGGAAUACGAGUGUACAGGCUAGCAAUGACUCUUGUAUGAGCAUACAAGGCACAAAGAAAAUGGUAGAGUCCCUCUACAAGGAGAGUCCGUCUACUCAUCAUGAGCUGCUGAUACCAAGUGGCACAGCACCACAUACUUAUUUGCGGAAGAAGAAAUUGAUAGAAGAAAUUAGAAGCUACAGUGGUGAUCAGAGUCCAACAUCCAGUGCUAAUGAGUUUGAUGAUAAAAGGAACAGACUCAGAGUAGAAAGCUUUGACACUGAGCCAAAGAAUCGCUCUGUCAUUCUUGGCCUUGACAUGGACAAGAAGCCCCUUAGCAGGCGAACGUCCCCAAAGUGCCAAAAGAGCAGCCCACCCAACUUCAUACAACAAAACACUGUCUCUCCACAGCAGGAAAUCCUCAGCAUAUCUAGAAAUGUGGAAAGGCUUUGCUGUAAUUUUGCACAUUUACAGCAGCAUCUUUCAGAGCUGACGGACAUCACAAGGAACGGAAAAAGGCCUUCAUCAGCAUCGUACCUACUGUAUAGACAAGCUCCUUAUGUGACAGUGGUGUGCCAGGACGCCUACAAUCCAGAGGGGCCUGCAAUGAAAAGAAACAUACUGCUGUGUGAAAACAAGCUGCGCCUGAGUACUGUCCAAGAGCUUUUCGGCCUCUCUUUAAUAGAAAUGCUGCUGGGUCCCUCGCUGUGGAUUAUCCUGACCGGAGACAGUGAAGGUUUUAUCCCCUUAACGUUUUUAGCUAAUCAAGAGAUAACCAUCAGAGAUGCCAGGAUUUCUGUCACGCACUCACCACUGUGCAUGGACAGGAAUAACUCCCUGCAGCCUUCCAGCAGCGUCACAUAAUGUUGAAACUGUCCAGCAACUGCAGGCAACCAGAUGCAACCAUAUCGACAAUAAAUGAUUUUAAUUACUUAUUUUGGAAGUGUCACGUACAAAGCUCCCAGUUUAUAAGCCAUCGUUUUUAAGGGCGGUCAAAGAACGAAGCAAGCCAUUCCGGUGGAUCUGUAUCCAUGGGGUUAUCCAUGUUACUGUAAUGAGGAGGUGACAAUUGCAGAGAAAGUGAUGACGUCACCAUAAACCGAGCCAGUCUAUUAAUCCUGCACUGAAAGCAAUAAUACAGGGAAAUAGCUGUUUCCAUAUUUAAAUCAGGAAUAUAUUCCGAGGGGUGCCACAUGCAGUGGUAUAUUCCCCAGACACGGUCACCACCUAAUAUUGGAGGUUUAGGUUCACUGUAAGUACAGUACUUGAAACUUUCUGUACAGUUUGUGAAUGAUUGCGUCAUUAAAUGAAGAUUUACCUUU